GUCAGUGGAAGUGGAACGUAACGUAAAACGUAGUGAUUGUAUGUAUUCUCUUUGGUGGAAUGCACUUAUCAAAUUAUCAGUCAGCUUGCUUAAUGAGCUUAUCAGUAUCACUAACUAAAUUGUUUUGGAUUCUGUUAUGAAACUUAUGAUUCUUAUGAAUAUUGUGAAAUGUAAUAUUAUGUUUGAAAGCUACAUACACAAAUCAUGAACAAAAUAGCAAGAAAUUUUACUAAGCCAGACAUUGUGAAAAAUUUGAAGACCAUUCUACAAUCCACGACUUUUUGCACUCUUUGUUUUGAUACCAAUGAAGAAUUACUACAUUUGGACCAUGCGCUGGUAACAGAAGACUUAGAACAAGAAAAGAUAACUCUUAAAGAACUACUUGAAGCUAUAUUUGGAAAUAUUCAAGACUUAGUUGCAAGUGACUAUAUCUGCGAACCAUGCAAAUCCCUAGCAUACAGCAGUUAUGCUUUCAUCUACAAAACCAAAAAUAAUGUCCAUAUCUACAGCAAGUACCUCGAGCAACUUCUCAAGGAGACCUCGGAACUGUCGGCAAGUUUCAGCAAUGAUUGGAAAAGAGCUGUAAUUGUUUUAGACAAUUAUAAUGAAAUAGAAAAACCUAAAUCUAAAGAGAUAGAAAAAUAUAUUUGUGAUAAGUGUGGAAAAGAUUAUACAUGGAAGAGUUUUCUGAUAAAACAUAUGAAGAGACACAAAAUUGAUUCUAAAAUUUUUAGCUGUCCUCACUGUGAUAUAUGGCCAUGCAUACACGAGGAAUACAUACAACACUUCAAUGAACAGCGACUGUUGAAAACAAAACCUAUGUCUUGUUUAUGUGGAUCUAAAUUUGGACAGACCCUACCUUAUCUUAUUGCUCAUGUUAAUAAAGACCAUUUGGACAUAAAGCCAAAUACUUGUGAAUGUGGAAAGUCAUUUUACUUAGAAAAGCAGUAUUGGAAACAUUUUGAAUACUGUCAUAAUGAUAAGCAUGUUUGCAAAUCAUGUUUCCGAAAGUUCGCUAAUAUAAAGCAUCUAGAGACUCAUAUGGAAACUUGUGGAGUAACUGAAAAACCGUUUAAAUGCGGUAAAUACCGAGUUCGUUCAGAAAAUAAACUUAUGCAGCCUAAAAAACUUUCAAAAGUCAAAAGGAACAGAAUAUACAAAUGUCUCACCUGCGAUAAAGUUCUGAAAACUAAAUUAGAAUUACGCUCACAUAUAAACAAUAAGCAUGAAAAGAAGCCUAACUUAUGUCUGUAUUGCAAUAAACAGUACAAUUCUAGGCAAGAAUAUCUAGAACAUGUUCAAAGUGAAGAACACAAAAGCAACAUACCAUACGCUUUUAAGCACCACUGUACUCACUGUGAGUACUCUGCGAAUACUCUAGAUAUGCUAAAAGCGCAUAUAAAUAGAAUUCAUCUAAAUGUCCGACCGUUUGAAUGUGAACAUUGCCAUAAACGGUAUUUCGACAGUACUCAACUGAAAAACCAUGUGAAAACGCACACCGGCCAGCGGAAACCGAAAGUCUGUGACAUAUGUGGGGCUAAUUUAUCCGGCCCAACAGCUUUAAAGAAGCAUAGAAGAUUACACACUGGUGAGAACCCUUAUUCCUGUCCGUAUUGCGAAGUAAAAACUAACUGUGCGAGUAGUUUAAAAACUCAUAUAAUGCGGAAACAUAUGGAGCCAACUAUACAGUGUCCACUUUGCGACCUGAAGUUCCAUACAAUGAACAAUGCUAGAGGACACGUUAGGAAGACACAUUGGAAGAGUAAGGAGAAGUUUGAUUAUACCAAGCUAAAGGGACUGUCGCCGGAUGAUUAUGACUUCUUUAGAGAUAGGAGAAAGGCUGUUGUGUAAUGUAAACUUUAUUGUGAUGGAAUAAAGAUCAUGCAUGAA